UAAUUAUUUCAAUAAUGCAUAAUUUUUGGGCCAGAAAGACACGUCAGCAAUUUAAGCGGGUUUAGAACUUUAGUUCGCUUCUCGCUCCUUCCUGCAAAACAGUAGAUCACUGCUAACCUACGCCUCUCUCGUCGUCUUGUCUUCUCUCGAAUUUCCUGGAAACCGGAAAUUUCCGACGACUCCGCGACGGAGACUGAAAUCCGCUUACUAUAACACCGUUCAGGCUUUCCCCUCAGGCUCUCGCGCCACCGCGCCGGGGAAAUUAAACUUCUGCCUCGUUCUGAUUGGCUUGCCCUUGGGAUUUGUCGUUUUGCCUUCCGGCGGGAAAUUGAUCGCGCUUCUUUUUUUUACUUUACUUCAACCACCACGGAUGGGCGAAUCCAUUCCGUUGGGAAAUUGUGGCGAUCGAAUUGGAUUUUAGGUCAAGAUACGCGACUGCCGCCGCUGCUGCUGCUGCUGCUGCCGGUGUGUGUAUGUGAGACGGGGCGGAGAAAGAAGAUGGGAGUUUCGGACAAUGCGAAGGGGCUGAUACUGGCUGUGGCGUCCAGCGCGUUUAUCGGUUCGAGCUUCAUCCUGAAGAAGAAAGGGCUCAGCCGAGCUGGUAUUGCCGGUACGCGUGCAGGAGCUGGAGGUUUUACCUAUCUGCUAGAGCCGCUAUGGUGGGCUGGCAUGAUUACCAUGAUUGUUGGUGAGAUUGCAAAUUGUGUGGCUUACGUCUAUGCUCCUGCUGUUCUAGUAACUCCCCUUGGGGCAUUAAGUAUAAUUAUCAGUGCAAUUUUAGCACACUUCAUGCUGAACGAGCGGCUACAAAGGAUGGGAGUUGUUGGCUGUGUUUCAUGCAUUGUUGGGUCAGUAGUAAUUGUUCUCCAUGCACCUCAAGAGCGAACUCCAAGUUCUGUAGAAGAAGUAUGGAAUUUAGCAACUCAGCCAGCGUUUCUGAUGUAUGUGGUUGUUACAGUCGCAGCAGUGUUAACUUUAGUUUUACACUUUGAACCACGAUCUGGUCAGACAAACAUGUUGGUCUACUUAGGAAUAUGCUCCUUGAUGGGGUCAAUCACUGUUGUCAGCAUCAAGGCCAUCGGAAUAGCUAUAAAACUUACAAUAGAUGGAAUAAAUCAGAUUACUUAUCCUCAAACAUGGUUUUUCCUCAUGGUAGCGGGAAUAUGUGUCAUUACACAGUUAAUUUAUUUGAACAAGGCGCUGGAUACGUUUAAUGCAACACUUAUUUCUCCGGUGUACUAUGUAAUGUUCACAACUCUCACUAUUGUUGCUAGCUCUAUAAUGUAUAAGGAUUGGGCGGGCCAAGAUGCCGCCAGCAUAGCAUCCGAGAUAUGUGGGUUUAUCACUGUCCUUUCAGGAACUAUCAUACUUCACUCAACAAGAGAUCAGGAACCUCAUCCUUCAUCUCGAGGUAAGAUGUCUUGGCCUGUCUGCACUUGCUUAUUGUAUUACCUUUGUCGUUGCAGGAACCGUGACAUGGUAUGUCAGAAGCGACUCAUUGAAGAACCUAGACGAGGAACAUCUACUCAACAUUCUCGAAAACGGACCACAAUAAGCACUACGAUCACGACUCUUGGAGCAUCGUGUAUGAUAGUUCGCUCUCUUUGACGAGUCGUGUAAAGAGCCUGAUCUCGGGCCAACCCGAAGAGCAGGCGUACUGAACUCAGUACUCGUUGGAGAUCGCCCGUCGCCGAAUACCAGACCAUCUCAGAUGUAUUUGUACGAGUGAUAGUGCGAUACACUGAUAAUGGUGGGCGAGGUUGGCAUUGGCAGGGCUUCUAGUUCUACCGUUGGCCUUUCAAGGGUGUUAUUUGAUUCCUUUUUUUGAUUCUUUAUACCUGUAUUAGGUUGUAUCAUUUGUUAGUUGUAGUUACCAGUAGUAGAUAAUAGCUAGCUUAUUAUCUUAAUGGCUCAUUUCUUUUGAUUUCAACCAAUCGUGACUAAAUUAGUGCCGUCUUUAUUUGGCACUAAUGCUUGAGAUCCGGCGCAUCAUGUUUCAGGCAAACAAUUUGAAAUGUCGCGAUGGGCCAUCACAUCGUGGGCCUGAAAAGGCCCACUAUCCAGACCCACUAUCUUCGAAUACAAUUCUUCCUUAAUUUCCCAA